AUGGUAAUAACAUGGUGUUCAGCACCACGGCCAGCUCCCGGUUCACCGCUCGAUGAGACCACCGUCUCUCUAUGAAUUUGGCCAUUGAGAUUUUGUGUCGAUGUUUUCCGAUUUUAUUUCCAAGAGUCUAGUCCGCCCGUAGGUCAAGGUAGGCAGAUGUGAAGGAUGACUUCUUGUUCAGAGAUCUGCAGGUCCGAGUACGGUGAACAAGCUCACCCCCACGGGAACUGCCAGCAGUAUGGAGUCCGCUCCUACUUACACCAGUUUUACGAGGAGUGCACAGCUUCUAUCUGGGAGCGUGAUGAAGAUUUUCAGAUUCAGAGAUCCCCUAGCAGGUGGAGCUCUUUACUCUGGAAGGUCUGUCUUGCGUUCGGAUCCCUGAUAUUGUUUGCAGGACUCAUUGUUGUUUUGGUGGGUUAUGCCACUCCAGUCAAGAUAGAAGCAUUUGGGGAAGAUGAUCUCCUUUUUGUUGACAGCCACGCAGUCAGUUUCAACCGUGCAUUGGACGUUUGUAAGCUGACUGGCGCAGUGUUGUUCUGCGUGGGAGGCACCUCCAUGGCUGUGGGUCUCCUGCUGUCUGCCUUUGCCAAAAGCUACUCCAAGGAGGAACUGUAUCUGCAGCAGAAGUUCAAGGAGAGGUUGGCAGAUCUGCAUGCAACAGUUGGUACCCCCAUAAUGAAAGCACCAACUCCCGGGGAGGGAAAGGUGCCCGUCACACUUUCCAAAGUCCAGAACAUACAGCCAGGGAGCACGAAGUCAGAGACCUGACAGACGACCAAAUGAAGGCAAAGAGUGAAGAAUCGUGUGAAAUGAUGGAUUCAGUGUUCAGACUCGAGUCUACACGUGUGUGUGUGUGUGUGUGCAGAUGUGCAUUUUCUCGUUUUAAAGGUCAGCUUACAUCGUUGACAUUAGUGGUUCAUCAUCUUUAUUUGUUGUUUUGGCAUUUGGACUAUUUGAGUCGUAUAGGAGCAGAGUUAAUAGAGCUGAGAAAUGUUUAAGCGUUGCAUAAUAGUGAUUCGACAAAGCGCGCGCAGGUCUUCAGCCCUUCCCAGAAAAACAAACCGCAGAAACAAAUCAAUAGAACACAGCAGCUGAACGACAACAUCAUAAGUUGAUCUUUUCCUUCCAAGUGGACUCGCAUGUUGCUAAAGGGGGAUGGUGUUACUGUGGGACGGCGUGUAGAGCAGGAGAGGCAGAUUGAAGUUAUUGAGGAUUGGCCCUCAUUGCCACAAAGGGAUCACAAGCAGCACUGAACACAUUAUCUCUCUGCCUAUAGUCUCUAAAAGGAGAUAAGAGGAGGACAUUUCCUGAGUGCGGAACACUCAACUUAUGUGCAUUGCAACCUAAUUACGCCACUGAGAACUGUCCAUCCCAAACGUUAGUAGGCUACAUGUGCUUUACUGUAGCUGAAUUCUUCUUUUAAGCUUUGUUUACAUGCAACAAUAAGCCGAGAAGAGUCUUGCUUUGCUUUAUACAGUACGUCAUCAGAACAGAUUAUAGAUGAACGCUGAUUCGAACCUUCAGGGCAGACUUCCCACUGACAUUUCUCUUGUCUUGUUAGGUGUCUGACCUUGUCUCCUUCAGUGAAUCGUCAAACCCCAUCGAUAGACCAGAAAGCAUGAUGAAAUAUACACUGAACCGUACGUAACGUGCAGAAAAACAAAGUCUGAUGCUUAAAAACCAAAUUAUAGUCAAGCAGAUAAGUUUCUCGCUAAUACAAACGGGCCAUUCAUCUGUCUUCUACCUUUUAUCUUUGAAUGUUUUUCCUGUGUUUGUUUCCUUUUCUCCCUUUGACAAAUCCAAUCAUACCAACAACAUUCUGUCCAUUCAGGCAAGCACAUUUUUGCAGUUAGCGGUUGGUAAAAAGAAAUGUGCAAGUGCUGCGUGUUGAGUUGAAGACGGAAUGAGGGAGGACGGACAAACGACGUGACAGAUGAUGUUACAUAACAAAGAGGGGGGGAAACACUUAACUGCCUUCAUGUGCCCACAAACAGAACCUGAAGCUACAUUAUGCAGCAAGCUGAACAGCUUACAGUAUGUAUGUAUCAUCAAAGCCAUCCAUCUGGUUGCAUACUACCAUGUGAGAAACAGAAGUUAUGUCAAGGAUCUUUUCCUUUUUCCAUUUCAGUUUUUAUUUUUUGCACUCACUUUUACUCAAAAGCACAAUGAGGUGUAACUAUGUUUUGCAGCUUUUCAAAACUAUACUGUAUCUACGUAUGUAUUUGAAUACAUAUUUUAAAAUGUUGUGAUCCUGCCUUUUUAAAUUGCCAUGUUUGUUGUUUGCUAUUCUUUGUUUGUUUUGAAUUUAUUGCGCACACAUACGGUACUUUUACGUUUCUCUGUACUUGGUUGGAACAGAAUCUUUUUGGGAUAGUCACCGUCCACGUGCCAUCAAGCUACCGUGCAUCUGUGCUGUUUUUCCCAACCGUUCAUCCUCUUGAAAUCCAUGCGAGAUACGUACUGUGUGAAAUUAUAUAUGUUUAUAUACUGCUUCCAUAAACAUAUAUUAUAUAAGCUAUAUGAGCUUUUGCUAUGCUGGCUAUCAUGUGUCCAUGCAAAUGGUCCUUAUUUUCAUUUAUCUCUCCAUUCUAUGUUAGUACGUCAACACAUUUGAUCUCAAAUUCAACUCAAACUUGUAGCUUUAACUAUGAAAAACAAUUUACAUAUUAUCAAGACAUGUUCAAGAAAUUCACACAAUCACUGUCAAGUUUAAAACAUCCAGUACAAGAAGAAAAAGAAAACUGUUAAACAAUCGGUUAUCAAAAAAACCUUCCAGUGAAGUCACAGGGUUAAUAAAAUAUCAUGAAAUGUGAUCACUUGUUCUUCCAUGCUGUGAGUUGUAAAUGUUUUAUCCUUAUUUUGACCCAAGUUGUUUUACUUUACAAUUUAAAAUUCAUAAUGAAUCGUCUGCUCCUAAUCCAACCAUUCAAGUGUCACUUGAUGAUGUAAUACGGAUUAUCCCAGUAGAUAAAACACAUGCACUCUACUUAUUGGAUUGAAUAAAGAUUGGAUUGAAUAAAGAACAAAUAUACAUAAAUAUUAAUGUCUGUAUACAGUAUGUCUAUUUUUCAAAGAACACAAUAAAAAUUGAAAUAUCUGCAGGUCAAAA